GUGGUGCGCAUCAAGCGCCUAAGGAGGCGCAGGAGGCGCAGGCGCUUCGUGCUCUCGUGCCGUUUUGCUCCGGAUGGAGACGCGACACGCGGCUCUGGGAGCGUUGGGAGCGUCGCCGCUGCUCGUCGUUCCGCGGCGCUCGUGGCGGCAGCGGCUCCUGUGGCCUCUCCUCCUCAUCGUCGGGGUCGUGGCGCUAGCGGCGAGCGGCUGGGGCGGGGAGCAGGCCGCCGCGCUGAGCAUCGAGGUGGUCGGUCGCCCGAUCGCGCAGAAGAUCGUGGACCACGCCGAGGUCGAGAUCCACGAGGUCCGGCUGGCGCCCGCCUCAUGGGAGGGCCUGCAGGCCAGAGCGGGCAUGCUGGCGGUUGACUGCUCGAUCGACAUGUCGGUCGACGUCAUCUACACCGCCGUCCGGUCGACGCUCGGCUCGGCAGACCUGCACAUCGAGCACGACGGGCGGCACGUCGGCGUCCUCUCGACCCUGCCGCUCAACCUCGGCGGCGGCGGCAGCGUGCGGCUGGCGAUGGCGGGCACGCUGGUGGUGGAGGACGAGGAGGCGUUCCGGCACCUCGUGCAGGCCGUCACGUAUGGCGACCGCUUCUCCCUCCAGGUCGCGGCCAUGACCUCGGUGGUCCUGCGCGGCAAGGAGAACGGCUGCCUCCUCUCCAAGGGCACUUGCGCCACGGUCGGCACGUGGAAGAUCCCAAACGUGCGCUUCGCCAAGACAGUCAACCUGCUCGGCGCCAGAGGCUUCCCCGUCACGCUGCAGGAGUUCCGCGUGCGCGACAUGCCGGGCGAGGGGGGGGCGCCGCCGAUCCCGGGCGCUCCAAUCUUCAUCGAGCUGCAGGCGCAGAUCUCGAACCCGUCCUCCUUCUCCCUCUCCAGCCUCGACGUGAUCGACCUCGACAUCCACACCGACCGAAACGAGCAGACCGGCGUCGACGGAGUGCGCUUCGUGGCGGUGCGCACGCCGCCCGGCUUUUACGUCGCGCGCGGCACCUCUCCUUG